GAAGUGAUCAUCUCGUAUCCGCAUAUGGAGAGCGUAUUGAAAACUCCUCUUAGUUUUAUGCCUAAAAGCUAGUAAUAAUAUAUUUGUCGCAGAAAAAAUAGUGAAUUACACUAAUUUUGUUAUUUAUAGUCGAUAAAAAAAAAUUGGGUAAUUCUAAAUGUGUUUGGCAACCCUAUAGAAAAAUAGGAGGGAAAAACUGUCGAUGCUGACAGUUGACACUGACAAAUCAGUGACAGGUCACAGUUGUUUGUCGUCUUGCAUUCUGUAUUCGCGUGUGCCACGAAAGUUGUAAAAAACGCAAGGUGUUUUCCAGUUGAGUGAAAUUGUGUUAAUAUUUUACAUAAAAAAAUAUUCAAGCAAACCUCAGUACGUUACGUACGUUAUAAAAUAAUAUAAACGAAAGUUGAAUACAGGGGCGUAAGUGAAAAAAUAAAGUUUUUACAUCCUGUUCUGACUCCGAAACAAGGCCGUGUGAUUUUAAACUUAAAUUGACAGAUUUUCUUUACUAACCAUGGGAAUGAAAACAAUGAUAUGAAAAUCAACAAUGGACUCCACUUAAGCGCGUUCACUAGAAAACGCGGCAAAAAGUCGUACGCCUGUGAAAUGUGACGUAACGCCAUCUAUCGGUGACAGCUAGUAUUAGAUCGAGAGUAACGAAAAAAAUAUGAAGCUCAAUUUGUUUAAACGGUCCAUGAUUUUCGCGACUUUCUUCGGGUCGUGUUUAUGCAUAGCACUGAUAGUUGCGUCUCUGGGGACCACACAUUGGGUCGAUGCGAGGGCAAGAAGGCUAUCCAAUCCCACGGAAUCCGAGGGUAGAAUAAGUUUUGGACUAUUCGAAGGACGCAAAGAGUUGAAUUUUGCAUACGGCUGGAGAAAUUAUGAUUUAAGUGUAAAAGCCGGUACGCACCCUGCCCGACGUUGGUCAUGGUGCGGUACAGCAGCGCAGCUGGCAGUGGCGUUGGCGGCGUCCGGCGGCGCAUGCGUACUCGCCGCGCUCGGCUCGGCCGCCAGGAACCGAUGCUCGCCGAAACCUUUGCUCAUAUGCAACUGCGCCAUUAUAUUAUUUACGAUGGGGGCAAUGUCAGUCUGGCUGACGGAGUUCUUCCUCCGAUUGCAGCACAACGUAAUGUCGGAUGAAGAUCUAGCGAACACGUGGUCGUCCGACUCUACUGCUGAUCUUGGACUCUCUUUUUGGUUAGUCGUGACGGCUUGUAUAUCGGCAUUCGUUAACAACGUCUGCAUCCUCAUAGCGAUGGCGGAUGGCAGGGACGCCGAUACCAUCGCGCCAGCACUCGAAGAAAAAGUCAACGGGGCUAUAAUGUUAUAUUAAACGAUUGCAUCUCGUCUUUCACUAAUAAAGACUAGCCUAGCUUGGGCAGGAGACAAAAAUGAUAUCCCCCGAUUAUAUCCCCUGACUAAAAUUAAUGUUUCUAUCUGCCAAAGCACGGCAACAGGGAAUAAGAGAAGUUUACCCCCGUAUUUCCACUUUCGCGGUGAGUUAAUAAAGCUGUGGGAGAGGAUAAAAUUGUGUCCUUUCCCCGGAGAGAAAAAUCUCACCUGCCCAUAUUAGCCUGCAGAGUGAGAUUUUCUAUCUAUGUUUACUUAUUCGAUCACAUGGAAGUUUUGUAUGGAAUCGUUAGAGUGCCAUCUAGCGGCAAUACCGUUUCCCGGUAUUGUAAUUAGAUGGCGCUUUUAGGCACCCAGUGGGGUUUUUAAUCCGCACCGCGACAGAGUUAUGUCUACGCAUUAUCUCGUCUUAUCUAAUACAAAUAGGACGAGAAUGAAGUAGACCUCAGGCCUAUAGAGAGCUUACUACCAUUGCUUAAAGCAGUAUUAGUUUGAUACUGUUGACUUGCACUAGUUCCAGUAUUGUUAUCCUUAUUUUAAGACGUCAAGUGUCCCUAACGAAUAUUAGAAAUGUCAAUAUGUGUUUAUUUGUUUGUUACGCUUUCACGCCUUAUGUGCUGAACCGAUAGUCAUAAAAAUUUGCAUAGAAGUUGUUAGGGUUACAAAUAAGGACAUGUAGUCCUUACUUGUACCUCUAACAACGCCUAGAAAAAAGUACGGUUCCCAAGGUAAGGAUUUUUUUUGUUUUAUUGUUGGCAACUAUACUAUUCACUGCACUAUAGAAAAGUACCAAAUCUAUACUGACGCGAGCAAAGCCGAGGGCAAUAUAUAGUUUCAAAUAAGACUGCUUUAGGCGAUGGAUGUAAGCCAUCAAUUAAACUACUACUGUCCAAUACUUUUAAUGUAUAAAAUCGACGCGUCAUAAAGAAACACACACAAGUUCAACACAAAUAGGGUAAUUGAGAUAAGCUCAAAAGAUUUUACGUAUAUAUAAGUUAAGUAUGUAAGGCUGAAUGUUAGUUUAAGUUAAUAUUUGAAUCUCUAAUAAUGCACCUAUUUAAAAGUCCGUCCAUUUUAUUAUAUACAUAUAUUACGAUACGAGGUUAUUAAGUUAUAACUAUGAAAAAUAAGAUUUUUUUAGCAAUUGGCGAGGUUUCUACUUCCUCUAAUACUACCGUACAACAUUUUUUUAGUAAACGUAAUUUUUGAGGUAAAUUUAUCAUCAAUAAUAAUUAAAAUUACAAAGAGAGAAGCUCAAAAAGAUUUUACGUACAUGUUGUCUUCUCAUACUUAA